GCAAGCCACUAAAAUAAAAAAACUCGCUGUGGGAGCCUUCAAUUUGUAAAUUUUGGUUAGGUAUGGUAAAAGACUUGUAACGCCGCGUUAUUAUAAUGUGGUCUUUAUCAAAAGUGUUUGUCACUGAAGGUUUGCGAAAACCGUUUAACCUGUAAUGCCGCCACUGAAAUGAGAAACGGUUCAAGGAAGACUCUUAUUAUUGCAUUUCAAAAUGUUCCAACUGGGUACUUAUCUCUCUGAGCAAAGGCGUCUGUAGAACUGUGUUGUAGAUAACUAUGGCCGUAAGUGGAAUUCAAUGGGCAUAGGACAUUUUUGAAGGCAGUUAUAGGAAUAUAUGCAAUAGAAACGUUAAAUGCCGCUGACAGGUUACGCUUUAUGUAGUUGUACCGUAAAGUGACAGAUUGAUACUGAAGGUUUUUGAAACUGAAGUCUUCAAAGUUUGGAUGUUUACCCGUUUAUUAAAUGGAAUUAGGAGUUUAGCCAUGAGUUCUACAAUAAAACCUGAUGUGGUAUUUGUUCUUGGUGCACCUGGUGCUGGCAAGGGAACACAAUGUACAAAUAUAGUUAAGGAGUUUGGUUUCAUUCAUCUUUCUGCUGGAGACCUCCUUCGUGAGGAACGGAAUAAAGAAGGAUCGGAGUAUGGAGAAUUGAUUGAAGACAAUAUUAAACAUGGAAGGAUAGUUCCUGUUGAGAUUACUUGUAGUCUGAUUGAAAAGGCCAUGAAGAAAUCUGGAUCCAGUAAAUUCUUGAUAGAUGGGUUUCCAAGAAAUCAGGAUAAUCUGGAUGGCUGGAACAGACAAAUGGCUGCUAAUGUGAAUCUUCUUUUUGUUUUAUUUUUUGACUGCCCUCAGGAGGUAUGUGUAAGCCGCUGUCUAGAAAGAGGUGCCGCUGGGAGUGGCAGGUCAGAUGACAAUCCUGAAAGUCUAAAGAAACGAUUUGAUACAUAUAUGAAUGAUUCAGUGCCAAUCAUUCAGUAUUAUGAACAGCAGAAUUUAGUGAAAAAAGUGGAUGCAGGUGGUACACCAGAUGAGGUCUUUGAGGCAGUGAAAGCCAUAUUUCAAAAUAUAUCACCUUCUCGUUAAUGGAAGUGUGAAUAGAAGUAUAGAAAUCACACUAUCUGUUAUAUCAUGAUUACUGGUUAGAGGUAAUUAGCAAUUGCAGUCCUUUUAAUUUUGUUCCUAGCAAUGUAAAAUGUUUAAUGUAAAAAUUAGAGCAGUUAUAUUUUAUUUACUCUGGUACAAAUGCAUUUACACAUUUCAGUGUGAUUGAUUUUGCAAAACAGUGUUUUCAGUAUAAAUAUUUCAAACACCUAAUUUCUUAAGGGCAUGAAUCAUUUUUCUUAAGUUCCUGCAGAGUCAUUAUAGUUCAGUUAUGGAUUUUAGUAGAAAAUGUUUUUAUCUUAAUACAUGUAAUAUAUGUGGAUAUGUCUGUUGUAUUAAUUGAACUGGUAAAUUAACAAUUUUAUUACUUCAGAGACACUCCAUACCAGUACAUUAACAAAUGUUUUAUGCAAGUGCAUACUUCAUUUUGAAAGUCAUUAUUAAUAAUAGAACUGGUAGAAAUUUUGUAAUUUUUUGAGCUUGGCUUCCAUCUUGGUGAUAGUUGACCUCUUUCAUAUUGUGUUGUGGUGGGAGAAUUUGUGCUCAUUGGUGUCAACGUAGCACUGAAUUUAAUAAACAUUGCCCACAUUACAUGAAUGUGACAGUGUAAGUGGCAAGAAGCCCGCCAUGCAACUUGCAAGUAUGCAUGAGAUUAUGACCUCUACUAGUGAUGGCAUGCAUAACUGUUAUAUACUCACACCUGCUAGCUCUUUUUGAGUGUGUGUGUGUGACAAAGUCUGAAAAAAUGUGCUGCUGUGGAUAUAAUGGAUUAUGGAUGGGAAAUGGAAAAGCAUAUGAUGGCCAGCAGUGAAAUAUAUCUCCAUUGUAAAGUAUUUUGUAUAAAGUGUCUGUUCUGUAUGUCUGUAUUUUAUUGCAAAUUCAAAAUGGAAUACAAUGACAGUUAUAAUGUGGUGUGCAUUUGGCUUUCUUUAUGUGAUCUUAUUUUUAAUUAGUUUAACCAUUGUUAUUGAGGACAUGCUGAAUUGCGUUGUUUAUUUCCAUUUGUGUGCAUAAUGCAGGUGAGAGUAUUACUAGGGAUGUGCAUUCUCGUAGUUCCACAAAUUUAGUGAAGUAUGAGUGAAUAAAAUAUAGUAAAUUAUUAUAGUAAAUUUAUUUCAGUCAUGUGAGAUUUCAGGUUUUCAUGGCAGCAAGUAUGAAGAUGGCUGUCUUCUGCCCUGAUGAUGGAGGUAGGAAGCAGCUCUGAAACACUGAUGAACUUCUACUAGAUGACACAGAGCAACAACCAAGAAGACAGCCAUUUUCUGUUUCAGUCUCAGUUGUUAUGAAGUAAUAAUUGUGUAAUGGGUUUAAAGUAAUCUCAUCUGCACCAUUUUGUUUUCAGCUAUCAGCAAUUUAACCAUCAAAAUUUAACUUUAAUGCUUUUUCACUUUUGUUUGUGAAAUUUCCUCAGAAUCCAGUCUUAUGGGAAAAUUUCCAUGAUUUGAUCAUCAGGACUCGUUUGUGGAAUCAGGUUGCAUUGGACAAAGUUGACAUUAAAGUAUGAAAGGCUUUAUAUUGUAUGUGUUCCUGUUUAACGUCUCCCUGGAAUUUUACAUUAUAUUAGCCAAUUGUAACUGUCUGUGAUUGACACAUUAGUAGGCACAGUCAUUAAUUGGUGCUGUUGCCUGAAAAUUUGUAAAUGAAAGGGAGUGUUACAAUAUUUAACAGUGCUGCUGGCAAUACCAGGUGUAGAAGUGUAAGGUACAGUGAAUAUUAAUGAAUAAUGCAAAAUGUUAUGUUAACUAAUAAACUAACUCCAUGGAGCAGAGUCCAUCUUGAGGGGCUUGGUAACCAAGAAAUUUCCUGCCUUUUAUGGAACCAGAAGAAGGUUCCUUAUUGUGUUAACAAGUACUUGCCACUAGUAUAGAUAUUAAUUUAAUUAUGCAAGAGUAAUUUUUAUUUAUAUUGUGUAGAUAUAAACAAGCUGUAUACUUGAAGCUGAAGACAAGUUCAAGGCAUACUAUGUAAAUUCAUCAACCAACACAUCUCUUUCCAGUCUUUGAAAGUAUUAGUACGUUUAUUAUUUUUUGUAGAGGCAUAUUAUUGGUAUGAAGAUAAUAUAUCUGAUUUAUAUUUUUGUUUUUUCAGUUUCUGCAUAAGCAUUUUCUUACAACUGAGGAUUCUAAUGAUAUGUCUUUCUGAUGUAACAAUUUUUUUUUCUUCCCCUUCUAUGGUGAUGCAUUCAGGGACCAAAAGUGUUAUGAAACAUGACUGGAUCUGGACUUCAAAAAACAUUUUAUGUACACUUCGUUUUUUCCUCUGUAUACUGUAGGUUUAAAGAUAAAAUUUAUUUUUAAUCCUUUUGCUUCACUUCAACUGACUGAUCUAAUUGACCUUUCAUGAUAAAUCUGGCAUGUAUUGAUGUUGGCCUCAAAACAUGAUCUUUCUUAUACAUUAUUCGCAAUCACUACAGUUGAUAUAACACCAUUAUGAAAUCUAUUAUUCAUUUUCACUGCAGUAUACUACAAGUCCUGCGUUUCUUAGAUCCUGUUUAAAAAAUUUGUUGACCUAACACACUUAUGUUUCUUUGUACUUAUAGAUUUCAAGAAGGAAUUCAUGAAACAGUUUUACAGCAAAAACUUUAAAUAUGCACAGCUGUAAUUUUGUUUAGUACUGAUGUGUAAAUCUUUAGAUAUUUAAUAUAUUAUUGUCUUUAUAUUAAUUUUAAGUAAGCCUCUGUUAUUUAACUUGUCAGUUGAUGGAUGAUUUUACUUCUGUGUUGAUACAUUAUAAUUAAAUUGCCACUGUCAUUUUUCAUUAUGACAAUUGUCACCAGUACAGAUAUCACUUCUGUCAUUUGCCAAUGUCCUUGCCAGUUUGUAUUUCACAUUUAUUUGAUUACUCUGUAUACUCCUUAAUAGAUGGUCAUCCAUGAAUUCCUAAUAAAGUAUGCUUGCUAAUA